AUGCAUGCUGAGCUAGUUCCGACGCUUUCUUGUAAGAUAUACUACUGCGCGAAUUGCGACUACAAAACCGCUUUGAAAGGGAAUUUCGACCGGCAUGUGCUUGUGCACGAGGACGCGACUUCCCUCCUCAGAAGCUACGGUUGCACGUACUGCGACGUCGUAUGCAAAAGCAAACAAGGCUUGGAUUAUCAUAUAAUAAAAAAGCAUCCGGAAUAUAUGUCGGAAGUGACCAGGAAGAUUCACCGCUGCGCGGAGUGUGACUACAAGACGGCUCAGAAGAGCGAGUUGAACAGUCACAUCAGAUCGAAACACCCCGGCGUCGCUUCCGAGUUCUACCUUAUCCCGUGCGUACAUUGCAACAAAACGUUCGUAAAAAAAGUCGAAUUAGAUAAUCAUAUAAUCAGGAAACAUCCGAAUGCCGUGACGUCGAUCACGAGUAAAAUUCACAAAUGCCCGGAAUGCGAUCAUAUAACGACCAGGAAGUACGACUUGGACCGUCAUAUAAUAUCGAAACAUCCGGACGCGCCGUCCGAUUUCAGAUUCAGCUUAUGCGCACGUUGCGACAAAACGUUCAAGCGAAAAAUAUUGCUAGAUCACCAUAUAAUAAGGAAUCAUCCGGAUGACAUCGCUUUAGUCACCAGCAAAAUACAUAAAUGCGAACGAUGCGAUUUUAUAACGACUAAAAAGUGCGAGUUGGAAUACCACGUCGUAUCAGAUCACCCUGAUGCAGCGUCCGAAUCGAAACUGAAUACGUGCGUGUACUGCAACAAGCCGUUUAAAAAGAAGGAAUCGCUGGACGAUCAUAUAGUAAGAAAGCAUCCCAGCGGCGAAAGUCUGGUCGAGCGCAGAGUCCAUAAAUGUUCAGAAUGUUCGUACCAGACUACCAGAAAGACGAAUUUGGAUAGUCAUAUUGCGGCGAAGCAUAUGUUCAAACCUACUAGCUACCGUUGCGGACAUUGCAUCUCUGUUUUUAGAACAGAACGCGCGCUCGAGGAUCAUAUAGUUAGAAAACAUCCAGAGUUUAUUUCGUUGAUUAAACGCAAAGUUCAUUCAUGCUCACAUUGCACGUAUAAAACAGUUGUAAUUACUGAUUUUCAGAGACAUGCUCGUGUGCAUACGGAUUCGGUAGCUAGUUUGGAAUAUCACAAAUGUACGGUUUGUGAUAAGAGGUUUAAAAGCAAGAAAACGUUGGAUGAUCAUGUGUUGAAAACGCAUCAGAAAUAG